AAAUAUAGAUUGGAUGUUGGAUUAGAAGGCGUACCAGAAGAUAUCAACGAAGCUUCAAAGCUAAAAAUGGAACUUUGCGACUAUUUUACAGUAACUAAAAAAGAAGAUAGAUCUUUAUAUUCAGUAUCAUCACUAUUAGCUGCAAUUUGGGCAAUUAAGAGAUUCUACAAUUCAAAUCUUUCUGAAAAAGGUUAUAGUGAAACUAAUGGAUCUGAUUCAUUGUCAAUUGAAGAAAUUCAACAAAUUUUACAACAUGAAGCAACAUCAAAAGAUACACCAGAUGGAUUACUAAACCGGGUUUUCUUUUACAAUGCUAUUUUUAUAGCUUUACAAAGUGAUGAGCACUAUACUUUAAUGGCCAAUCAUUUUCAAAAAAGAAAAAAUGGUGGCUUUGAUGUUUUUAUUUAUAAAUCUAAAACAAAUCAGCAUGGGUUAAAAAAUCUUGGUUCUGCAGAUAAGAUUUCAAUCUCUACAGAAAACCUUGAAAUUAUUGCCAACUAUGAAAAAUAUUUUUUAAAACGUCUAAUUGAUGCUGAUCCUAAAUUUUAUUUGCAACCUAUUGAUACAAAAUCAGCUUCAG